AUGUUUAUCAAGCCUGCUCUCGCUGUCGCGCUCUGCGCCGGCUACGUCGCUGCCCAGGCUGGUGCCAAUUCCACCAUUGACCCCAACUCUGUCUCUGCUACUCUGAGAAGCCAGUGGUGUUCCGCUCAGUUAAACACCUGCGGUACCCUGUGCAGUGGUGAUAUCUACGAAGGCCAAAACACCUGUGACACGAAUACCCUGAACUAUACCUGCACAUGCGCUUCAAACCAAUCUACGCCUGGUCUGCAGUACUACACCGGCACCAUGCCAACCUUCAUCUGCGAGCAAGUCUUCCAGGACUGCAUCGCCUCCACUGUGGGUGUUGCCGCCGCUCAGGCUAAGUGCAACUCGGAUGAAAAGAACAACUGCGGUCACUUGGAUCCCAACAACUUCACUGCUCCCGCAUCUUCCUCUUCCAGCAGUAGCGCCCCGACAUCCACUGCCGCAAGCACUUCCGCUCCGGCCUCGUCCUCGGUCGCCGCCGCCGUGACUACCAGCUCAUCCAAAGCCGCUGCUGCAACCAUGAUGGCCAUUGGACGUGAGUAUGGAUCUGGUGUCGUUGCUGCUGGUGUCGCCGCCGCCUUUGGCAUGAUGCUCUAA